AACAUUUUAUUUUAUUUUGAAGAGAAUAACUUUACAGUGAUCCUGGUUCCGGUUUCAGCAAAGUCAGUAAAUAUGGACGAUUACCAGAUGGAAGAGAAGACCGCGUUCAUCGUCGAAGAAGUGAGCAAAAUCAUGAAGGAUUCUGUAGAAACGGCGAUCGGAGAAAACUCCUACAAGCACAGCAGAGUGAACCAGUGGACCACCAGCGUGGUGGAGCAGUGCCUGAUUCAGCUCAGCAAACUGGGAAAGCCAUUCAAGUACAUCGUGAACUGCAUCAUCAUGCAGAAGAAUGGAGCAGGGCUGCAAACCGCCAGCACCUGCUUCUGGGACAACAACACUGAUGGAAGCUGUACUGUGAGAUGGGAAAACGAGUCCAUGUACGUCAUCGUCAGUGUUUUUGGCCUGGCCAUCUAAAGCCACAACAAGCAGCAUUAGAAAUCUGUUGAAUUUUAGCCAAAUGUUUUUAGAAAAUGUUAUAUUUAUAUGUUGAGUGCAAUUAAAACACAAACCUGUGUGUA